AUGUGGGCGCCUCUGUUGCAGGUCCUCCUCAUCUUGGGACACGUUCGGGAAGCCCUUUCGGCUUGCAAAUCUGCAGAGCUCGACUUCAUAGUGGUGGAGGGCGAUGCCCUCCUUGCGUCUUUGGAAGAUGACGUCCGGUCAGAUCUCGCAAAGCUGGGCAUCAGCGUGGCAACCCGCUUUCUGAGCAAGGACGACUUCAACUCCAACAUGACGUCGGGCAACUUCAACCUCUGCUUCUCGGAAACGUGGGGCCCCCCCUACGACCCCCACAGUUUUGCCGCAGCUUGGAAGUCGCCCGACGAGGCUCACUUCAGCGCGCUCAAGGGCCUGCAGGCCCCGAUGACGCAAGAUCAGCUGACGACGAAGGUUUCGGACGUGCUUCUGGAAGAAAACCUUGUGCAGCGAGAGCAGAAAUGGAAGGAGAUCUUGACAGCAACCCAUCAACAAGCCAUCGACCUCCCAUUCUCUGGAAAACGCAUCCCGACAGUCUUGAGCAACCGUCUGGCUGGGUAUGUGGCGGGACAGCAGCAGUUCGACUAUCCCGUUCACACCUUGCGAACUCUGUCCGGAAGCUCCACCAUAACUGUUGCCCCGGGCGCACAGACUGGGCUCUUCGAUACCGUGGGGCGCCUGGAUCCUCAUACAUACCGUCCCAACGAGUUCUUUGCCAACAACUGGGUGUACGAGGGUCUGCUCACCUACGGCCCAGGUGGAGUGAGAGAGCCGGCGCUGGCGGAGUCCUGGACGGUCACCGACCUGUCUGGAGGAGGGCAGGAGUAUCGGUUCGCGCUCAAGCAGAACGUGAAAUUCCACGAUGGUUCCGACUGGAAUUGCACGGUUGCCAAGCUGAACUUCGAUCACGUUCUCGCCAAGCCGCUGACCACAGGAGACUAUCACGGUUGGUACGACUUGCCGUUGCAGGUGUCUUCAUGGAGCUGUGCAGGGACGUAUGAGUUCGUGCUAUUCACGAAGGACAAGUACUAUCCUCUGCUGCAAGAGCUCACGUAUAUCCGCCCUCUGCGCAUGCUCUCCCCGGCCAUGUUUGCCAGUGGCAUCUCAACAGAUCCCAUGACAGAAAACUCUUGCCACGCCGGGUGGGGCAGCAUCACGGGAAACGGCGAGACGCUCACGUGCGCCGGCGUCCGGGGCGUUUCGGGCACCGGGCCUUUCAAGUUCGUUGAGACGCUUCCAAACGGAGAUGUCCGGUUUGACAAGCAUGCGGACUACUGGCGAGGGGAGCCCCAGAUUUCGCAGAUCAUCGUGAAGAAGUACUCGGGCCAUGCUGCCGUCAUGGCGGCCCUGUUAGAUGGAAGCCUGGACGCGGUGAUGGGCGCCGGCGUGCUGGAGCCGGCAGACUUCAACACCAUCCGCACCGCACACUCCUCCAGCUUCCAGGUCUUCCUGGGUCCGGCCAUCCAGAACCGCGUGAUCAUCAUGAACGCAAACAAGGCACCAACCGAUGAUCUGACCCUCCGAAAGGUCAUCAUGCACGCCGUCAACAAGGCAGCCAUCAUCGACAAGGAGCUCUUUGGUAUGGCCGAGCCCGUCGAUGCCCUGUUUCCCAAGAAUGCGCCCUACUGCGACGUCGACCUCACACCACGCUGGGACUACGAUUUCGAGAAGGCUCAGCUCCUUUGGUGCCCGGCUGAGAGCGCGGGCGAGAACGGCGAUGUGACAAUGACGGUGCUGAUCGUGGUGGUGGUCGUGGUUGUGGUGGCCAUGGGGGUUGUUGCCUUCAUCCUGUUCAAGGUGGGGAAGAAGCAAGGAGCUCGGGCAUGUACCGCUAGGAUACAUCUCGCAGCUUUCAUGGUGUGA